AUGCUUGUGGACGGAUCGAACGCUCGACAACCCAGAUGUGUUCCAAUUCCUCAUGGCACCAAAGAGCUUAUUUUUCGACUUGCCAAUCCCGAUGCUGUACAAGGGAUGAACCCAGCCACACGCAUCGAGAACGAAGUAGCAAUCAUUGCCUUAGCUUCGGCUGCGUUGAAGCAUAUACAUCCGCGAAUAGUCCCUUCAGUCUACGGCUGGGGAAGUGCGGCUCUGCAAUCGUCGCCAGGCUGGAUCAUUCAAGAGCUCAUGCCAGGCACGCCAGUAGACGAGUCUUUCGAUGACAUGAGUCUCGAGAAAAAGCGCAGUAUUCUUGAACAGAUGGGCAGAAUACUAAAAUCUCUGCAAGAUUAUGAGCUUCCUCCCAGUAUUACUGGUUAUGGAGGCGUCACAUUUGAUGAGACUGGCCGUAAGAUCAGUGCUGCGAUGACUAGCGUUGGUGCAGGGCCUUGGGAUUCUUAUGAAGCAUCUUUUGAAGGACGGCUUCGAGUGGCGCUUCGGAAAGCGAAUCAAAAUCCGUAUAUUCAGGGAUGGCGAGCAAAUGGCUUGAGAGAGCGCUUGGAUGCUUUCGUAAAGCGCGGUGUCCCAGCCCUGUUCGAAGCACUGGGCUCAAAGCAUGACAGAGUCAUUAUACAUGCUGAUUUUAGUAAUUCAUCUCUCAAGUGGCUCUCUGGAGAUAGUACCAGUCACCAUCAAGCUUAUCAUGUCUUUUCACAUAACUACAGGUGCCAAUAACCUCCUAUUUGAUGCCAGAACGGGUAGUAUCACAGCACUCAUCGACUACGACUUUGCUUGUAUCUCUCAUCCAUCCUAUGAGUUUUUCCGCUCCUUCGAUGGCACUGGCGGCCAGUUUAGAGGCUGGAUAGGAGAUGAGGCAACAGAGGACAUGUUAUUAAGAGAGGCCAAGAUUCAUGGAUUUCCGGUGCCACUUCCGCCAACUACCGAGCAUGGCGUUCAAUGGGAAGUGGUGGCCGCGUGGGAGGAGGAGUUGGAAAGGUUGGGGGUUAAAAGACUACAAAGCAUGCCGGGGAUUGAGAAGGUGGCGGAUGUGGAUACUAUUUUAAGAUGUAUCUUGCCGUGGAGGGUUUCCAAUCUCGAUGUUUUGAGGUUACAGUCGGAAGCUGUCAUUAUGAGGUGUAGGAAUGAUAACGAGAGGCAGCUGGUGAGACUACUGAGUCGGACGGGUUUCUGA